AUCGUGGUGCUCAUUCCAAAUCGAAGAUUAAAAAUCAGAGAGGCUAGGGUUUUGAAUUCAUCUCUCUCCCUCUGUCUCUUAAACGUUGAUUGGACGCAGCAAAGGGUUAACGAUUUGUAUUUGUGAAUGAGGUCGAGCUCUUCAUCGUAUCGUUCUUUUUGGUGACAAUUUACGGUAUUUAUAUUGGAACAUAUAUAUAUUUGUUUUUAUAUGUGAGCUGAAAAGGGUGUGUAUCUGUUGAAAAAUUAUGUCUGAGAUACAGACUUCGGGAAAACCGAUCGAUCAACUGUUGGAGAAGGUUCUGUGUAUGAACAUUCUCUCUUCUGAUUACUUCAGAGAUCUUUUUAGAUUGAAAACUUAUCAUGAAGUGAUUGACGAGAUUUACAACCAAGUCGAUCACGUGGAGCCAUGGAUGACUGGAAAUUGUCGGGGCCCUUCAACCGCGUUUUGCCUUCUCUACAAGUUCUUCACUAUGAAGCUUACUGUCAAGCAAAUGCAUGGUUUAUUAAAGCACCAGGAUUCUCCUUACAUCAGAGCUAUUGGAUUCCUCUAUUUAAGAUAUGCUGGGGAUCCAAAAACAUUAUGGGGUUGGUUUGAACCUUAUGUGAAAGAUGAUGAGGAAUUCUCUCCUGGAUCCAGUGGUAGGAUGACAACAAUGGGUGUUUAUGUGCGAGAUUUGCUUCUUGGACAGUACUACUUUGAUACACUUUUUCCUCGCAUACCUGUCCCUGUACUGCGGCAGAUUGUAUCCAACCUUGAAAAGAUGAAGCUACCCUCCAAACAUGCUGGUGUGACUGGGGAUACCACCCGUGGAUCUGAUGACACUGCCCGUCGACCACCAUCUGUCAAAGCUGCCCUUUCUGUCUCUUUUGGUCAGCGUGCCCCUCAUCGUGCAUCAACUAGGGAUUCAUCCCCUGUUCGCCGUACCCUGCCACCACCUUCUUAUGAUAGGAACAGCGUUGAUGAUUUGAGAAAAUCUCCCAGCAGCCGUCGCAGUCAGAGCCGUGAAUUGUCUGACCGAGAAUAUUUAGACAGGGACAAGGGCAGGGAUAGAGACAGAGACAGGGACCGAGAUAGAGACAGAGAUGCGGAUAAGGACAGGGACAGGGACAGGGACAGGGAUAAGGAGCGAGACCGAGACAGAGACCGGCAAAGAGAUAGGGAUAGGGAUAGGGAUCGGGAGAGGGGCAGAGACCGGAGGCCUGACUAUGAUAGAAGGUCCAGAGAAAGCAGCAGAAGGGAUUACAAUGGAAGCAGCCGUGACGUCAGUAGGUAUUAUAGGGAAGCUGGUUCUCGUAGAAGCAGAAGCAGAAGCAGAAGCAGGAGCAGAAGUCAAAGCAUUCAUGCUCAGAGUGCUCGUGUUGACAACCUUCCGAGCCCGCCUAGAAAUGGAAGCAAGGAGAGGUUGUCAGCGUCUAGCAAUCUGGCUAAGCUUAGAGAUCUGUAUGGUGACUCGAGUAACCAAAAGGAGGAUAAUGGCCAAGAGAGGGGUCCUAAUCGGGCUAAUGGUGCUGAUGAGGUUAUCAGACUUGGUGGUUCCUCUUGGAAGUAAAGAGCGAAAUUCUAUCAUGCAAUAUGCUCGAUUUGUCAUUUGGGUCCUAUCUGGCAAAACCAAUUUCUUCCUUUGAUCAAGUAGCGAAAUUGGCUUCCAAUUCCUUCGUUCAACUUCAUUUUCGCUGUGCAUUAUCAUCUACGUUGGCAAUGUUAUUUACGAACUCAGAUGUAGUGAUUUGCAGCUGGGACGGGGCUGCAUGUAUACUAGAUGUUAACAUUUGGGUAUUUGUUAUUUCCUUCCAGUGUACUCUAAUUGUUCCCUUGUUCUAAAGAAUUUUACCAGAAUGUUGUGGUGGAAAGACUGAUUAAAUGUCAAAAAUAAUCUCUUCGACUUCAAUGAGAUUAUUGUUCCAUGCGUUUUGUCAUUCGAAGACACAUUUUUUUCCCAGGGAAUUAGGAGAAAUUGAU